AUGGCACAUAGUUUGAGAGAGUUUGCUGCGGAUUUUGUUAAACUCGAACGUUUUGAUAGAGCCAAUUUUCGACGCUGGCAAAAGAAGAUGCACUUUCUCCUGGCCAGUCUUAAAGUGGUGUAUGUUCUAACCACUCCUAGGCCGCCUGCAAAUGAGGAUGAGACAAUUGCUCAAAGUCGGGCAAGAAUCAAGUGGGAACAAGACGACUACAUCUGCAAGGGUCACAUCUGCAAUGCAAUGUCUGACACAUUGUUCGACGCGUACCAGAACAAAGCAACAGCCAAGGAUCUGUGGGACGCACUUGAGGCUAAGUAUCUUUUAGAAGAUGCUACAAGUAAGAAAUUUCUGGCUACCAAAUUUUUCAGUUAUAAAAUGGUAGACUCUAGGCCUAUUGUUGAACAACUCAAUGAAAUUAUGCAUAUUCUUGAUCAAUUCACUCAACACAAUAUGAAGAUGGAUGAUUUUAUAUCGGUUUCAUCCAUUAUCAAUAAACUUCCUCCAUCAUGGAAAGACUACAAAAGAAGUCUAAAGCAUAGAAAGGAGGAAAUGUCUCUGGAAGAUCUAAGCCAACAUCUUCGUAUAGAAGAGGAAAUAAGGCUCAGAGAUGGUAAAGAAGAGCGUGACUCUUUGACCUCUAAUAUGCAUAUGGUAGAGGAAGGAAAGACUCACAAAAUUGGACAACUCAAGAAAUCUGGAUAUGAAAACCGGAAGAGAAAGAAUGACUUUGGAAGAAAACAAAGUUACUUCCAAGGCAAGAAUCAGAAGAAACUGAGUGUAAAUUGCUUUCAAUGUGGAAAGUAG